AGAGUAGCGCCGAAGCGUCCCCACGCAUGUCCGCUUGAGUCCGUUGGUUGUGUCUGUUCUUCGUUGGUUCUUCGUUCCCCAUGUAUGCACUUGCUCGAUAGCUUCUAUCAACGUCUGGGACGUGUAUCACAAUGCCGGCACUAGUCUUGGACAAUGCGGCCACGAGUAGCGGACCCAGCAAUGGCGGUUUGCGCGUGGAAAGUGCUCCCUCCGCACUUCAGGAAUCCAUCUUGUCCUCAUCAAGCACUGUUGUCAACUCUGCCACCUCAGCAGACAAGCUAUUAGAAGAUUCUUUUUCUGAGUCGAGGUCCCAUGGCUCGGUGCAGCAGACGCAGCUUCAGGCCUUGAACUCGCAGCUGCAGGUGGAGUAUUCGAUUAAGGAGGGUGCUGAGAAACUUCUGCAGAUGCCACUUGCGGAUGAUCUGCGAAUGCAGGUGGAAUCUGAACUUCAGAUGGCACGCGACAAAAUUGACAAUAUCACCCAAAGGAUAGAAACGCAUUCUACGCGUAAUGCUCCUCGCAAACGCGGUGAUAGCGACGGUCUACGUCGAAAGUUCGCGGGUCCCCAGAUAAACUCUUCUGGCAAACUGAAGGAUGCACACGAGGACCGAGACAACUUUCAUACAGCUUUGCAACAGGCUUCAAGCCAUAUCAAAACUCUGAUCUCUUUGCCACGUUCAGGAGCCCUAUCUCCUUCGAACUUGCCAUCUACCUCCUCGUCAUCAUCACCCCCAAUGAAUGACGCCGAGCUGAAUCACUCGCGCAUUGAUGCAAUGAAACAACUGAUUGGGGUUCUGCAGCGCAGCUUGCGUGUGCGAUAUGAGAUCAACGUGGCCGAAGUCAUUCAAGCGACAUUACCAUCCCUCUCUGACCGCGCUAGUAAACAAUGUCGAGCUACCGCUUAUCGGCUCAUUCGACAUUUACUGGUCGACCAUCGAUCUGUUGAGACCGUUCAAGAGCAGAAUCUGGACUGGUAUAUCGUCAAAUCUCUCUCGCGUGACAACAAACAUUCGGUAGAGAAGGAGCAGGUCAUCAAACUCAUUCGGGCGAUCGUAGAGGUAGGAUCCCAGAAACGCCUUCCAAAUACAGCUGGUGCCGGGACUGUGCCUCUGUCUGAACCCAUUAUGCGAGCUUUCAUCGCGGUAGCGGAGCAACUAGAAGAUCCGUUCAAGUCCAUCUGUAUCCAGACGUUGACUGAGAUUCUUCUCAUUGACGUCGAGCUCGUGGCAAGGGCAGGCGGUAUACGCGUCCUGCUGCAUGCUUUGGCCGAAGGUCCUCUUGAGAUGGCUCCUCUCUUGGCUUCUGCAUUCCUUUAUAUUGUAGAUUCACCACGUACUAGAGCAUACCUCCAUCCUGGAACCGAUCUCGAAAUGGCAUUGUCUGGCGUUACAGAUGCAUAUGGCAAAGGAACCGACCAUGCUGAUCGAAUGCGAGGUACUGCCAAGAUCAUUUCAUCCAUGUUGCGUACUUGGAGUGGUCUCAUGUAUUUCUGUAUACAUGACAAACUGGCCAUCCGAACGCUCAUAGACGGUUUGCGUAUACCCUCUUUAGAGACCAGAGAUAUCAUCUUGGACAUGUUCUUCGACGUUUUGAAUAUCAAACCUCCGGAAUGGCAUCAAGCAUUCAUAGCGGGACGAAGGUUAACCAUGUAUCGCAAGUCGCAACAGAUUACUGAACCUGGUAAACAACCGGAAAGUACACCAAAGCCCCAGGCGCAGGAUUCACUCAAAUUGACCGACCAAUACAUCGCUUUGCUUAUCCUUGUAUUUUGCAAAGCCGGGUUGAUCGACGCAUUGACAUGCAUGCUUGAAGAGAGCCAAAUCGGAUCGACCUUGUCACGAAAAGCUACACUUCUGAUGGCGGAGGUCUUGCAGACAUCAAAUCGGGUACUGCCUCACUCGAUAGCCUCAGGUAUCCAGGCUUUGCCGCAAGUGUUUCACCUAGCUGCCAAUUAUAAUUUGGAUGAACAUCGAAUUGUCGGAACUUCCGCUCUAUCUGCUAUUGAUAGCUACAAUCGUCACCGGACAAGGUUACAACCUACGACGGUGAAAGGCACUUCUCGAUCACGGGCAAACUCAGUGGAGGAGGCAGUCAGACGAGGUCAGCGUCAUGUCGAACAAGCCAAGCUCAAACUUGGCAUGCAGAUGGACGACAAAGCCUUCCAAGCCAGUCUCUUGGAGUCCCAGGUAAUGGUGACCAAGGAUCAUAGCAAGUGGAAUUUCGAUGCCUUGCAAGAGCUCCUAGAGGGUCCGCUUCUGAAUCCGAAGCGAAUGGAGGAAGCCAUCAAGGUGUCGCGAUAUGUACGGCGGCUCAUAUCGUUUUACCAUCCCUUCAGUCAUAGGUUCUGUGAUUUGCCGAGAUCGAAGCUCAAUGAUCGCUGGGUACGCUUGGGGUGUCAGUUACUGAGCGCUUUGAUGGCCAGUCCAGAUGGGAUCCGAUUCCUCGGGGAGGAUGAAUUGUUGAACCAGAUUGUCAAGAGUUUCGCUCAGCUCGAUCCUUUCAAUGGGGCGCCGAUAUCUGAUCCAAUAUUCUCCAAGAAACGAAUGCAAGAUACCCUCACAUACGGCUACUUCGAAAUGCUAGGCACGUUGAGCAAGCGAAAGGAGGGCUUGGAGCUGUUGGAAAAAUUCAAGCUUUUCACCGCAUUCUAUCAUUUGAGUGAACUCAGGAGUCGGGAAGACCUCAUCAAAGGGAUUAUUGAGAAUCUGGAUUAUAGCAUUGAUGGUCACUCCCGAAUUGUAUUCUCGAAAGCCCUAACAUCAAGCUACAAGCACAUCCGACUAUACGCCACAAAUCAUUUGGGCCAGCUCAUCCGUGCUAGCACCUCAGCGAAUGCGUGGACGCUUCGUCUCCUACUUACCCAACUAUACGAUCCUUCUCUGGAGGUUCAAGAAGUAGCAGUGCGAUUCUUAGAAGAAGCGUGCGAAGAUCCGGAAGUGUUACAGCUUGUAGUCGAAAUGCACCCGACUUUGGACCAUUUGGGCGAGAUUGGACACCCUCUGCUAUUAAAGUUCAUGUCAACCACACUGGGCUUCCGAUACUUGUAUGCAGCAGAUUACAUCAAUCGGGAGAUGGACUUGUGGUUCCAUGAACGUAACCAGCAUUACGUUGUCCAUAUUGAAGUCUUUCUGGCCAAAGUGUUCAACUUCUUACCUUCCUCACCAGAUGACGAUGAGGAUAUAAUGGCCUUCGACGGCAUCGUUCCUCCACACUUCUAUGGCGUCAUGGCGAAGACUGACCUUGGCUGCCAAGUGCUGCAAGACAAGGGUCACUUCGCUGAAUUCGCCGCUUUUAUCCGCCAACAUGGUCUUGAGAGCGAAGAUCAAGACCUAAUCCUCAAGCUGAAGAGUGUUCUGUGGGCAGUGGGUAACAUCGGAGCAACUGAACGCGGACUACCUUUCCUCGAAGAGGAAGAGAUCAUUCCCGCUAUUUUGGAAAUAGCUGAACAGUCCCUCGUUCUGUCUGUUCGAGGAACAUGUUUCUUUGUUCUUGGCCUGAUUUCAUCUACCCCGCAAGGCGCGGAAAUCCUGGACGACUAUCAUUGGGAAGCCACGCUAUCUCCCCUUGGUUUGCCGACUGGUCUGUGUGUCCCUCUUGAUGUGGACAAGUUUGUUUCCAUACCGUCAUGGGAUGUCGCGUCAGUCCCAGAUUCUUCCCGUAUUCGUCUGAAGCCUCCGAAGACAGAAGAGGAAAUCGAAGUGAUGACGGCUAUUUACAACCUUGCGAAUACCGUCAUUGCAAAUACCGCAUCUAGAUCUCUUGCAAGGAUGAAGGCUCGUCCGGAAUAUCGCCAUGUAUUCAGCUCUCCGUCAAUGCUUUAUCGUGCAUUGCAUACCAUAUCAUCUCAGCGCUAUCGCUUGCCCGUGCGUAGGUACAUCCUGGAUUUGUUCAACAUUGAGCUGGAUCUCGAUGUUGUUCGAACUCUGGCCGAGUGCCAAAGCAGCUUGAGCUUGCCUCCUGAUGCCACACAAGCCCAAGCCGCUCCUCCACCUGCAAGGGUUGUCAGCAUCGUCGGACGGCCUGGACAUCAUCGCAAAGCUUCCGAUAGCGAUGAGGAAAGUAUCAUGGACGAAGAAGUUGUUAGUCCCGUUGUCGAAAGGCAACCAACCAUCAGCUUGCGCCCUGUUAGUCGCAUCAUAGGGUUUGGUGGAGGCAAACCUAACGAGUCUGAGAGCUCGUCCUAGCGACGUAAAUUUUCAUUUGGACCUGUGUAUUGUUUAUCGUCAUUUGCUUGUAUACCACUGCAUCUAGGAUCUGUAUUAUUGCUUCAUCGAGGAGUUGGCUAUACACUCUGUCGUCCCGUUUCCAAAGAUCACCCAUGUUUGGGGCUCUUUACCAAAGGCCCCGGCCAGCUUGCCAAAUCCGGAUGGUUGCCUCAGAUCUGUGCUUCAAUUUCAAAGACGAAGUCGAGGACUUCCAAGGGGUCUAAACCUUUAACCGGCGUUCUGAAGUUGACACGCCAGUUCAUCGAAUAGUUGAACGGUCUCCGUUGUAUGCGACUAACUUUCUUCCAAUGGUAGUAUCUAGAUUUCUGGCAGACUAGCAACCAGAUGAAGUAGGUAGGUCGGCGCAAAAACAUUACCACACUUC